AUGGAUCAUUUAACCCGUCCUCCUCCUACAACGUCUACCUCUGCUAGCUUCCAAUUCACUAUUAAGAACUUGGCUACUCUGGCUAAACCACUAUACAGUCCUGUGUUCUCCUCUGGCUCGGAUCAGCAACUCUGGCAACUCGGAAUACGGCCGGCUCAAGACGAUAAGGAAUAUAUAUCUGUUUAUUUAUAUUUAUUACCUAAUAAUCGUGAACUAAGAAAUCUUGAAAGUUGGAAGAUACGUUGUAAGGCAACUUUACAAUUGAUCGAUGAAGAGUGGAGAAGGGAGAUCGUGACAGUAGUACUUCGAGAAUUCUCCAUACGUGCUCCUUGUAAAGGCUGUUCUCACUUCAUAAAGCGCUCUGAAGUACCCGUUAAUAAAGUCCACUUUAAGAUCAAUUUUGCCAAUGUAGAUUUUAGCGAAACUGCAGUCAGGUGGAGCGAUAAUCACUGUCCGAUUCCACAAUCUCUUGUCGAUUCCUGGUCCGGUGUUCUCAAGAACUCUCGUUUGGCUGAUGUCGUGUUCUAUGUCAACGGACACGCAAUUUUAGCCAUGAAGGACGUAAUAUGUGGAAGAAGCAUAUAUUUCCGUAAUAUGUUUGAGAGUGGAUGCGUCGAGUCCCGUCGAAUCCCUAUGGCGGAAACGAAAACUUGGAAAGAUGUCGAUGAAGAGAAUGAGACUGCGGAAGAUAUGGUUUUAGAAAAUGAUCGUAUGUCUUUAGGAACGAAGCAGUCAAACGAGACUGGUUUUGGAAACAGUCAUGGCAUCACCACUGCUGCCAAAUCUCCGUUAUUUAAACGAAAUUCACAAAUACUCGAUGCAAACAGAAGUGAUAAUACAUUUUUAUCCGAGGAGGAACUCGAAGAGGCUUAUCCAUCCAACUAUUACCAUGUAGUCAACGUCACAGACUGUGAUCCUAAAACUUUCUCCCAUUUCCUUCACUAUCUCUACACCAACGAGAUAACUCUCAGGGACGGAACCGAGGCGUCUGAUAUUAAUUCGCUGUUUCUCCUAUUCCAAGUUGCUGACAAAUACCAAGUGAAUGAUCUGCGAGGUAGAAUACUUUUGAGGAUAUACAAAAAUCUGUCGGUUGCCAAUGUUGCAGAGGUUUUGUUUGCUUCAACUCAGUGGGCCGAUUUGAAGCAAUUGUGUAUGGAUUUUGCUAUAAACCAUUUUACGGAGGUUAGGGAAACUGAUGGAUUUAGUAAGGUUACGGAAAAUCCAUUAGCAUAUUCUGGGUUCGCUGAAAUUGCAAAGGUUCUCUUCAAAUCCAUUAAACUUGCUUAA